GCGUUGGAAUCUACCGAUUAUUUACUAGUCAUCUUAGCGCUGUGCAUACAGAUAGACUGGGGGCCGACUGGACCGGCUUGCCAUCAUUUAGGACGGUUUUCCAGUGUUACAAAAUUAACUUAACCGAAGUCAAGAGAAUGUCUCGUGGAACUUCAGCCGGUUUCGACCGACACAUUACGAUCUUUUCGCCAGAGGGUCGCCUGUAUCAGGUGGAAUAUGCGUUCAAAGCGAUCAAUCAGGGAGCCCUCACAUCUGUAGGAGUUCGAGGCACAGACACCGCCGUGGUUGUCACUCAGAAGAAAGUUCCUGACAAGCUUCUCGAUGCCUCUUCAAUCAAGCACAUUUUCGUUAUUACUCCGCGGAUUGGCUGUGUGAUGACUGGUGGAGUAGCCGAUUCCGCUGCGCAGGUGCAGCGGGCACGUUUUGAAGCUGCUAAUUACAAGUACAAAUUUGGGUAUGAUAUUCCAGUUGACAUCCUCGCUCGACGAAUCGCCGAUAUUUGUCAGAUCUACACGCAAAACGCCGAGAUGCGUCCCCUUGGUUGCUCUAUGAUGCUCAUUUCGUACGACGAUGAGCAGGGUCCAAUGCUGUACAAAUGUGAUCCUGCUGGUUACUUUUGUGGCUACAAGGCCACAUCUGUUGGUGUCAAGCAGACCGAGGCAAUAUCGUAUCUUGAAAAGAAAUUUAAGAAGAAGUCGGACUAUGAUCAAAACGAGACAAUUCAGUUGGCCAUUUCAACGUUGAGCUCCGUCCUCGCCAUGGACUUCAAGCCCACUGAUAUUGAAGUAGGAGUCGUUUCGAAGAGCGAGCCCCGUUACAAGGAGCUGACGCACGCCGAAAUUGAAACACACCUCACAGCGAUCGCUGAAGAGGACUAGGUAUAACUAAUCUUUGCAGUACAUUGAUUAUCUUUGAAAUCCCACGCAGACAUACAUACAGCGCAUAUCGCCACCCAUGUAUGUCAAGUUGCUAGUUGGCUGUCACAGCAGGCUAAAAUAAGAAUGCCGUCGUUAAAAUCAUUGAGGAAGAACAUCAACCAGAAGGUUUUAAGUGGCUGUAGAGAAAUUUGGACUCUUAGACAUUACGGGUAUUAUUGUGCAUAUGUGUCCGUAUAUUUCUGUGUGAAAGGGACGCCAUUUAAGAAUAAACUAGUAAAAAUACAUUUUGGUGUUAUUUAUCUACUACAGCGCGUUUUUAGCGAUACGAUAAACUAAUUAUGUAGAAAUAUUCUAAGCAAGGCAUUUAUUGUUUACUCAGUGGUUGUUAGAUUUUGCGAAUACUUAGUACUCAGGAGUUCUCAUUAAUAAAAUUUAUUGUUAUACAAUUUGUAGAUAAAAAUCUGUUAAUUACAAUAAACAAAAUUGCUUUCUAGUGAUCUACGGUAUACCUAUGGUAAUUAUGUGGACAAUUUGUGUAAUUGACAUAACACCAAAAAUUACAGGAAGGGAAACUCUCGAAAGAAGUUAAUCUUAGCUUCUUUCAAAAUAGAUUAUGAAAAUACGAAAAUAUAUGACGAAAUACGAAUAUAUGAAAAUGAGGAGAACUUUUAACGAUGUUUCCAAAGUAAAGCCUUGAUAAAUGUUUUAUUUUUAGAAACCUUGUCAUCCUUAGGCUUAAACCCACAUUAACUAAAUUUGAAUUAGCUUGCAGCUUAUUUUUACCUCAGUUGCACGCACGUUCUCACAGUUACCUUACACAGACCUCGCGAAAUUUAAGAAAGGAAUUAAUCUAAUAUAUACCUCAAGAUUUUCGUCAGACAUUCCGUCUAAAUUACUGGGAGUUACAAUAGUUCAUCUGUGAGAUUACCGGCUUGAGCGAGAAAUUUAAAUCGUGCUGUAAUACCAUUUAUUUUGAUGAAACAAAAACUUAUUUUUAAAAGAAAAAAUUCAGCCUUUGUAACAGACGACGUAAA